AUGGCGAACGCGGAUUUGGCUCUCCACGACGAUGCCGAGAAAGUUGCUUACAAGAACGGCAACAGCUCAGAUGAGACUUUCAAGCGCAACCCAAAUGCUCGAGUGGUUACAGAAGCCACUGACCUGGAAGGUUGUCCCCUUCCAGACCAGCCACCCGCGGAGCCUGCAUUGGCCAUGAAGCUCAAACCACGCCAUCUUCAGAUGAUUGCAAUUGGAGGUAUAAACCUGACAUAUCUCUCGGGCACUGGUCUCUUCGUUGGUUCUGGCUCUGCUUUGGCAACUGGUGGCCCAGCAUCACUUAUAAUAGCUUAUGGCUUGAUUGGCGUCAUGUUAUUCUGCACAGUCCAUGCCCUUGGCGAACUAGCCGUUGCAUUCCCGAUUGCGGGUGCUUUCUCGGUCUACUCGAGUCGAUUCAUCGACCCUGCUUGGGGUUUCGCAAUGAGUUGGGAUUACGCCCUGAAUUGGCUUGUCACCCUUCUUCUUGAGCUCACAGCAGCUUCGAUCACCGUUUCAUACUGGCCAGGUGCAAAAGAUAUCAGCCCUGCAGCUUUCGUGGUCAUCUUUUGGGUUGUGAUUGUCGCUAUCAACUUCUUCGGUGUCCGUGGAUAUGGUGAAGCAGAAUUUGUCUUCUCUAUUAUCAAGGUCAUUGCAGUCAUUGGAUUUAUCCUUCUGGGCAUCAUUAUUGCAGCAGGUGGCGUACCAGGAAGCCCGCAAGGAUAUCUUGGCGCAGGUUACUGGUACAGCCCCGGAGCCUUCAACCACGGCUACAAGGGCCUCUGCUCGGUCUUCGUAACGGCAGCAUUCUCGUUUAGUGGAACCGAACUUGUGGGCCUGACUGCAGCAGAGGCCCAGAACCCUCGUAAAUCAUUGCCACCAGCUGUUAAACAAGUUUUCUGGCGUAUUACCUUGUUUUACAUUGUUUCUCUAACAGUCGUUGGCUGCCUUGUUCCAUAUAACGACCCAGGACUUCUGAAUGGCACUGGUAGCCCAGAUGCCAACGCCUCGCCCUUCGUUAUCGCCGUUAGGAACGCUGGAAUUUCCGUGGUGCCUUCUAUCAUGAACGCCGUCAUUCUCAUUGCCGUACUCAGCGUAGGAAAUUCAUCAAUCUACGGCUCGUCGAGAACAAUGGCUGCCCUCGCAGAUCGUGGACAAGCACCAAAGAUCCUCGGUUAUAUCGAUAACGCUGGAAGACCGCUUAUUUCCAUUAUUCUCGCUUCGGCCACCGGACUCCUUUGCUUCAUCGUCGCUGCGGGAACAGCUACUCGAGUGCAAGCCUUCAACUGGAUGUUGGCAACUUCAGGCCUGAGCUCAAUUUUCACUUGGGCUUCCAUCUGUGCCUGUCAUAUCCGCUUCAGACAUGCUUGGAAAUACAACGGCCACGCUCUCGACGAACCAGCCUUCACUUCUCAGCCUGGCUAUUACGGCUCCUGGGUCAGGCUGAUCAUGAACCUAUUGAUCCUCACUGCACAAUUCUGGACCGCUAUAUGGCCGGUAGGUUAUGCUUCCGAGACCUCAUCAGAGAUCGCCCAGGGCUUCUUUGAGGCUUACCUCGCUCUGCCGAUUGUCAUUGUAUUCUAUGCCGCGUUUAAAAUCAUUAAGAAGACAAAAUACAAGAGACUCAAGGACAUCGAUAUUGCUAGCGGACGCAGAGAGAUGGAUUUGCCCGCCAUUCUGGCAGAGGAGAGGGAAAUCCAGGCGAAGUGGCCGUGGUAUAAGAAAUGGUGGAAUAUUGUCUUCUAAGUAUUCAAUCUCAAACCCUCCAUGUCAUUAAAGCCGUGCCCGAAGCGGAUGAGCAGCGACAUGGCGUGGCAGAAAGGGAAGCCUGCAUUGAGGCUGGAAUGAAGGUUAGUCUGGCUGCUCAUGAGACUGAGGGACCGGAGGGUGGCCACUGGGUGAUAUGGCCCUGAGCAAGAUAGAAGGC